GGUGAACCAAAACCCCAAAGCAGGCUCAUUCUCUGCUUUAGUAUCUUGCAGAUCAGGUCUGCUGAGUUGUUUUUUUGGAAGGGAUUUAGUAACUUUUUUUUUUAAUCUCUUUCCCCUUCCCUCUGCUCCUUCUUGAAUAGGAAACCUCCAUUUUAGAGGAGUACAACAUUAACUGGACGCAGAAGCUGGGAGCUGGGAUCAGUGGUCCUGUUAGAGUCUGCGUGAAAAAAUCGUCUCAAGAACGCUUUGCACUGAAAAUUCUUCUCGAUCGUCCAAAAGCUAGAAAUGAGGUACGUCUGCACAUGAUGUGUGCAACACAUCCAAAUAUUGUUCAAAUUAUUGAAGUUUAUGCUAACAGUGUGCAGUUCCCACAUGAAUCCAGCCCAAGGGCUCGGCUUCUAAUUGUAAUGGAGAUGAUGGAAGGGGGAGAGCUAUUUCACAGAAUCAGCCAGCACCGGCACUUUACUGAGAAGCAAGCAAGCCAAGUAACAAAGCAGAUAGCUUUGGCUUUGCAGCAUUGCCACUCAUUAAACAUUGCACAUAGAGACCUCAAGCCUGAGAACCUUCUCUUCAAGGAUAACUCUUUGGAUGCACCUGUUAAAUUAUGUGACUUUGGAUUUGCCAAAAUAGACCAAGGUGACUUGAUGACACCACAGUUCACUCCGUAUUAUGUAGCACCUCAGGUAUUGGAGGCACAGAGACGGCAUCAGAAAGAAAAGUCUGGUAUUAUCCCCACCUCUCCAACACCUUACACUUAUAACAAGAGCUGCGACCUGUGGUCCCUGGGUGUCAUUAUUUAUGUGAUGCUGUGUGGAUACCCUCCAUUUUACUCCAAACAUCACAGUCGGACAAUUCCAAAGGACAUGCGGAAAAAGAUCAUGACAGGAAGUUUUGAAUUUCCAGAGGAAGAGUGGAGCCAGAUCUCAGAAAUGGCAAAAGACAUUGUGCGAAAGCUGCUGAAGGUCAAACCUGAGGAACGGCUGACUAUUGAAGGUGUUCUGGACCAUCCCUGGCUCAACUCCACCGAGGCACUUGAUAACAUCCUACCCUCCGCCCAGCUGAUGAUGGACAAGGCAAUGGUUGCAGGGAUACAACAGGCUCAUGCAGAACAGCUUGCGAACAUGAGAAUCCAAGACCUCAAAGUCAGUCUCAAACCCCUUCACUCCGUCAACAACCCAAUCCUGCGCAAGAGGAAAUUACUGGGCACUAAGCCGAAGGACGGUGUUUAUAUCCACGACCCUGAGAAUGGAAGUAAUGAUUCCAAUGUGGCUUUGGAAAAGCUCAGAGAUGUGAUUGCACAGUGCAUUCUACCGCAGGCUGGAGAGAAUGAAGAUGAGAAGUUGAAUGAAGUAAUGCAGGAGGCCUGGAAGUAUAAUCGAGAGUGUAAGUUGCUGCGAGACACUCUUCAGAGCUUCAGUUGGAAUGGCAGAGGAUUCACAGAUAAAGUGGAUCGACUAAAACUGGCAGAAAUAGUAAAACAAGUUAUUGAAGAGCAGACAAACUCCCAUGACUCUCAAUAGCUGGAGCUUCUUAAUCUUAUUUUUUUUACCAUUUAAGAUUUAUUCUUUAACUGUAAAAAGUAUUUUUAUGUAAAUUAAUAAAUCAUAAUUAUUUCAU